GUUAUGAAUACCGCAGGUUAGACCAAUCAGCGACGGCGUUGUAGAGGAGUAGAAAGUUUCCAAGAUGGUGCUUGAAAGUACUAUGGUCUGUGUGGACAACAGUGAGUACAUGAGGAAUGGUGAUUUUCUGCCCACCCGAUUACAGGCACAGCAAGAUGCCGUCAAUAUCGUUUGUCACUCCAAGACCCGCAGCAAUCCGGAGAAUAAUGUGGGACUCAUCACAAUGGCCAAUAACUGUGAGGUCCUGACUACUCUUACACCGGACACGGGGCGCAUCCUCUCCAAACUGCAUGCCGUUCAACCCCGUGGAAAGAUCAGCUUUUGUACUGGCAUUAGAAUAGCCCAUCUGGCACUGAAGCACAGACAGGGCAAGAACCACAAGAUGAGGAUCAUUGCUUUUGUGGGCAGCCCAGUAGAGGACAAUGAGAAGGAUCUGGUGAAACUGGCAAAACGGUUGAAGAAAGAGAAGGUCAAUGUGGAUGUCAUUAAUUUUGGAGAAGAGGAGGUGAACACUGAGAAGUUGACUGCAUUUGUGAACACUCUAAACGGAAAGGAGGGCACAGGCUCUCAUCUGGUCACUGUGCCCCCUGGCCCCAGUCUAGCGGACGCUCUGCUCUCCUCCCCAAUCCUGGCGGGUGAGGGUGGAACCAUGAUGGGUCUGGGCGCCAGCGACUUUGAGUUUGGAGUGGACCCCAGCGCUGACCCCGAGCUCGCUCUGGCUCUCCGUGUAUCUAUGGAGGAGCAGAGACAGCGGCAGGAGGAGGAGGCUCGCAGGGCAGCUGCCCAGUCAGCAGCGGAGGCAGGCAUUCCCACCCCUACUGCUGAUGAAUCGGAGGAAGCUCUGCUGAAGAUGUCUGUGUCCCAGCCGGAGACGGGUGUGGCAUCACUACCAGACUUCAGCAGCAUGACUGAGGAGGAGCAGAUUGCCUAUGCCAUGCAGAUGUCCUUGGCUGGUGGAGAAUUUGGAGAAUCAAUGGACACAGGAGCUCCAAUGGACACGGCUGAAUCAGCAAAGGAAGAGGAUGACUAUGAUGUAAUGCAGGAUCCAGAAUUCCUCCAAAGUGUACUGGAGAAUCUUCCUGGUGUGGACCCCAACAAUGAGGCCAUCCGCAAUGCCAUGGGCUCUUUGGCCUCUCAGAGUGGAACGAAACAAGAUGGCAAAAAAGAUGAGGAAAAGAAAAAAUAAAAUGUUGUAACCAAACGUUAUUGAUAGACAACCUAUUUGAUGGAGAAAUAAAAUGAGAAAAAAUCCCCUCAGAACAAAAACAGUGAGCCCCGUAUGUUGCAGCAUACAAGCCUCUAUAGUGACAGGCUGUAGAAUGAAUGAUGAUUGGGGCACUAAACAUUGUAAAACAACUUUGGAUGGAUACCAGUUUGCUCAGAAAUUGUCUAGCAAAGCUGGUACCUCAAAUUCACACAUAGCUUGCUAACUACUUUUGUUCCUUUUGUGGUCGCUUGCUCUCUCUUUAUGUUCACAGCUGACUUUUUGUUUACUUUGUUUUUCUUUUUUCUUAUUGCCAUUAAAGGUUCAGUUUAAGAAUAAU